GGAAGACGGGCUCGAGCCGAGAUAUGAAAAUGGUUGGUUCAGCGGACGCUGCAGCGAGGGCGCUGUGAUUGUGGCUCGCAUUACGGAGAAGUCGGCGGGUAACAGGGAGAGAAGGAAAGUGGAUUCAUUCAAAGGAUAUACUUAAGAGUUUUCAGUAUACUUCAAGCAUUUGAUUAAAACUGCGCUUAAAAUGGACAAUACUGAACUGAGCGGUGUCCCAAGCUAUAAUGUUAGCCGCCCAGUUUUUAACGAGGAAGCUUUCCGAGCCUACCUACAUAAGAAGAAAAAACACAGUUCAUCAAAGAAGGAAAAAUUUCUACGGUAUUUUCGUUGUUCAACCACAAAAGCCAAGUCAAUACUCUUCAGCUUUGUUCCCAUUCUUCUAUGGUUACCCAACUACCCAAUAAAGGAAUAUGUAUUCGGGGACAUCAUUUCUGGUGUAAGCACUGGAGUAGUGCAGCUACCUCAGGGUUUAGCAUAUGCCAUUUUGGCAAGUGUUCCACCUGUAUUUGGCCUGUAUAGUUCAUUUUUUCCAGUUAUAUUAUACAUGAUAUUUGGAACAUCAAGACAUGUGUCAGUAGGGACUUUUGCAGUUAUCAGUUUAAUGGUUGGUGCAGUGGCUGUAAAACUUGUCCCAGAUGAUAAAUAUGUGAAUUCCUUAAAUGCAACUAAUAACUCCCUGGCACUUGCAGAAAGAGAUGCAAUGAGAGUUAAAGUAGCAACGGCUACAGCCUUCUUGACAGGAAUUCUGCAGUUUUGCCUUGGGCUCCUGCAUUUUGGGUUUGUUGUUGUUUACCUCUCGGACCCUUUAGUGCGAGGUUUCACCACUGCUGCAGCUAUACAUGUCUUUAUAUCUCAGUUAAAAUAUUUGAUGGGCAUCAAAACUAAAAGAUAUAGUGGACCGCUAUCAGCAAUUUAUUCUUUUCUUGCUGUGUGUGGAAAUAUUAAGGAAGCUAAUACUGCAACAAUAAUUGUUGGAGGAAUUUGUAUUAUCAUCCUUUUUGGAGUGAAAGAAGUGAAUGCCCGCUGCAAAGAUAGAUUUGUCGCUCCCAUUCCUGUGGAGCUAAUUGUGGUGGUUAUUGGCACUGGUGUUUCGGCUGGGAUAGACCUCACUGGAAAUUAUAAUGUAGACGUCGUUGGAUAUAUACCCACUGGAUUGAGGACCCCUGUUCUACCUGACAUCAGUUUACUUUCAGAAAUAUUUGCAGAUUCUUUUGCAAUUGCAAUAGUUGGAUUUUCUAUGACUGUGUCAAUGGGGAAGAUAUUUGCGCUGAAACAUGGUUACACUGUGAAUGGUAAUCAGGAACUUAUUGCAUUAGGAAUCAGCAAUUUUAUUGGAUCCUUUUUCCAAACCUUUCCUGUCAGUACCUCAAUGUCCCGAAGUCUUGUGCAAGAGAGUACAGGAGGCAACACUCAGAUUGCUGGAGGACUAUCUGCCUGUGUUGUUCUCUUGGUCAUUGUUGCAUUAGGUUAUCUCUUUGAACCAUUACCUCAGACUGUGUUGGCGGCCAUUGUGAUGGUGAACCUGAAAGGAAUAUUUAAACAGGUUACAGAUAUACCUUUACUCUGGCGAACAAGCAGACAUGAACUUGCAUUGUGGUCUGUAUCAUUUUUGGCCUCUCUUCUUUUGGGACUGGACUAUGGACUCAUGGUUGCAGUGGGAUUUGCCAUUUAUGGAGUUGUUUUUAGAACACAAAGUGCUAAAUACAGAAUUCUUGGCCAGAUACCUAAUACAGAUAUUUACUGGGACGUAGAAGCUUAUGAGGAGGUGCAGGAAGUUCCUGGCAUAAAAAUAUUUCAAUCAAAUUCCUCCCUGUACUUUGGAAAUGUUGACUUGUAUAUGAGUGCCUUACAAGAAAAGAUUAAAAUAGAUCCCACUGCAAUAUUAUUGGCAAAGAAGAAUCUUGAAAAGAAAAUGAAACAAAAAGCAAAGUUGGCAGAGAGAAAGAAGAACACCUUCCUAAAAUUGAGAAAAAGUGCAAAAGAACCUGUAGCUCAUGACAAAGUGCCUGAAAAUCAUCAAAAUGAUGGGAUUCAGAAAGGAAUUUUAAAUGCCCCCAACACUGUGGAAUUUAGUGCAAGCGCUGGGGCAAUUGUGUCAGAUGCAAACGAUGCGGUAAACACGUCAGAUACAAGCCAUGACGAAGAACAAGCAACAUACGUCAAAUCAACAUCUGACAUACAUUCCUUGAUUCUGGAUUUCAGUCCAGCCAAUUUUGUAGAUUCUGUUGGAGCAAAGGGACUUAAAAUGAUGCUGGAGAAAUAUGAAGAAAUUGGAAUUAAUGUAUUCAUAGCUGGGUGUAAUGGGUCCGUAAUAGCAGAUCUGGAUAGACUGGAAUUCUUUGAUAGUUCAAUUACAAGAGAUCUUCUAUUUCAGACUGUACAUGAUGCUGUGCUUCAUUGUCAAUAUAAAUCAGCUUCUGAGUCACUAUAGAAGCGUCUAUUACUGCAGCUGGCUGUCUUAAUGUAAUUUGCAGAACUUGAAACAGGCAUCAUCUGGUAACUUGAAAGGUCACCACCACCACAGAAAAAGCUUGGUAUUUUCAGGAAUGGUAACACAUUCCAGUUUAAUAACAGAGCACAAUCUCACCAUUAAGACUAGUGUUAAGAAUAUGAUUGAUUUAUGCGCUCUAACUUCAAUAUGUUAUAGAUUUAGGACUGAGGAAUUUCUACAUUGGUAACCUGAUUAUAAAGUUUUGCACUUUAAUUUUUUUUCUUCAUUGUUCAUGAGUUUUGCAUCCAGCUAGAUGAGCAGAGUAAAAUAAAUUAUCUGCUCUUGCCUCCACAGCUCUUCCAACAUGAGGAGAGUCAAGUGGAACCGGUAUUCUCAAUUGUGCUUGCCAUGCUGGAGGAUAGCUGUUUAAUACAGUCUGAAACCGUACAUAUUUGAUUAUUGCUCUUUAUAAACAUGUCAUUCAGAUACUGAAAUAUAUUUUUAAGCAUUUGAUUAAUUAAAUUGACCAUCAUUGCUUUGGUUUUCUUUGAAUUAUUCAUCGUAAUCAAGAAAAGUGUUCUCUGAAAAAUAAUUCCCAACAUAAUUAUGGUCAGCAUAAUGUAGGUAAAAUGUAUGUUAAUGUUCUGUUUUUGUAGAAUUAUGUUACUAAUCAAAUCUGAAAUUAUUUACCUGAUUAUGUUGUUUCUCCUUUACUUGUUAUCUUUGUACAGUAUGUGACAUCCUCGAUCAUGUACUGUUAAGUUUCCCAAUACAUUUUGUCCCUUUUUAAUAUGAAGUCCUUUCAUUGCAUCUGUUUUGUUUAGGCAGAAGGAGCAAGAUUGACAUUUCUGGUUGUACAAUUCAAGUGAGGUUGAAAUCAGUUGAACUGCAACCCUGUCCAUCUCAUUUGAGGUUGGGUAACUUGCUUGAUGUAUUUUAAUAUGAAUCUUUAGUCCAUAAUGAAAUUCUGCCAUUUGCAAUUUCAGGGAACUGCAAAAUAGGUGGUACUGAAUGUAUCAUUGUGAUAUUGUAAAUAGGCAUUUUUUAAAAUUAUGAACUUUUCCAAAAUAUCUGAAUUUUGAUAGUCAUCAAACCCAUUUUUCAUUACUCAGGAAAUAUCUUUUUCAUUUUUGAUGUUUUGAAGGUCACUUUACACAACCUAAGCUAGUAGCACAGUAUAAAUGACACAUGUUGUUAGAGUGAUUUGGGGGUACAGGUACAGCCAAUAAUAAGGCUGGGUGUACUGUAUACUGAUGAACAGGUACCUAAAACACAAGUUUAAUUGUUUGCAUUCUGUUCUUGUUUGUCAUUCGAAACUAUCCUAAGCGAACUGCUUCACUCUUUCUGUUCCCAGGUUCUGUUCUAUUCCAUUUUGUACAGAAAGAGAAAAAAAAUCCAUGUGCACCUGACCAUAAUUUACUCUGAGAUUUGCAAUGACUUAAUUUGAUUUUUUUUUGUGUGGAAAAGUAGUGCAUAGUGCACUGCUUUGAUGGUAAUGUAAAUCCAUUGCUCAAAAUAUGCAUUUUUGUUUGAAACAAUUGCUCUUUGAGGAAAUAUGAAAAUGUCUCAUUAGUCUCUGAAAUCAGUAAGUUUGUCAGACUAAGAAAGGUCAGUAGUUCAAUGACAUUUGUAUCUUAUCAAAGUAUUUGGCUGCUGUCAAGUAGGGGGUGCUCAAAAUGAAGGAAAGAGAUCAAGUUUUUUUCCAUUGGGAAAUAGAUGCAAUUUUAGAGAAAGAACCUGCAAAUCAUUACAAUUUUGGAGAUUUUGCAUAUUUUCUAAGUUUGUUGCAUGGCAAAAUGGCACACUAGUGUUUUUAAUUGUUCCAAGGUCGAACAGCUACCUUGACUUUAAAUUUGUUUACUUGGCAUUGAAAUCAUUCUCUUUGAGAAAAGUAGCACUUUCUCCAGAAAAGUGGAACAAUAACAAACUCUCUGGUACUUGAACAUCCUAGAUAUCUUGCAUUGAAGGUGAUCAGGUUUAACAUGAUUUUGCUGUGGUGGUGUUUUUGUACAGUCUCUGAAAUUGUGUAUAAACUAUUAUCUCAAUUUGCCUUAAUGCGGGUAUUAAAAAUCCACAUUGAAGACCUUGUUCUUCCUUAGUUUUCAAGCUUAUUGCCAUUGGGACAAUGGAAAAGUCAUGACUUACUUUCAACAAUUCUGGAACUAUUAUUUUUAUGUUGUGUUCUAAUAAAUGAACAUGUUAGCACAACAUAAAAUACAGAACAAAUUGCUGAUGCAAGCAUACAAGUGAAGCUCUGAGGCUGCUAUUUGGGAUUUUGUAUCAAAUAAUUUUUGAAUAUGAAUGUAAAUUAAAAUUACAUGUUGUGAAAAUGUAAUUUAAUGUUAUCUGAAAUGUAUUUUUAUAUAUAUUAAAGUUGCAAGUUGGAUUUCUA